AUGACGGCGAUGGCGGGAGGGGAUCCGGGCGAGCCUAACCCCGAGGAGUUCGUGUACGGCGAAGAGGACUUCGUGAUGCAGGCAGCCGGCUGGGGCGAGCCGGACUCCGCGUCCUCUUGGUUUGACCGCGUGCUGCUGGCGGGCUGGAACGACCGUAUGGAGAGGGGACUGUUCCGGUACCGGCUGGGACCGCGGCCCACCCGCGUCCUGCCCGGCCCCGUGCGCCUCGUGGCGCAGCUGAACGAGCAGCGCAGCGCGGAGCGCCGCCCGCCGCAGCCCGUCCGCAGCCUGCGGGAUCCCUUCGACCCCGGUGCCUUCAACUUCACCCGGCUGCGCCCCGCCGAGCUGCUGUUCCGCCUGCGCCGCGCCGGCGGCCCGGGGCAGCCACCCGACCCGCUGCUGGUGGCCAUCAACGCCAGCCCGCUGGAGCGGGGACACGUCCUGCUGCUGCCGGCCCCGGCGCAGCGGCUGCCGCAGGUACUGACGGCCCCGGCACUGCACGGGGCGCUGGAGGCGGCGCUGCUCAGCGCCCACCCCGGAUUCCGCGUGGGCUUCAACGGGCUGGGCGGCGGCGCCUCGGUGAACCACCUGCACCUGCACGGGCUCUACCUGGACCGCCCGUUGCCGCUGGAGGAGGCGCCGGCCGAGCCACUGGGGCCGCGCCUGGGGCUGCUCCGUGCCGGACCGGCCCCCGCCUUCCUCUUCUUCGCGCCCGACCCCGCGGCGCUGGAGCCUGUGUCGCGGGCCGUGUGCCGGGCGGCGGAACACCUGGGCGGUGCCGGGCUGGCCUGCAACGUGCUGGCCACGCGGGGCGACCCGCUGGCCGGGCCCGGGGCCGGAGGCGGCCGCGGACUGCGGGUGCUGCUGUGGGCGCGCCGGCCCCUCUUCGGCCCCAAGGCGGGUGAGCCCUUCGCCGUGGCGUUGUGCGAGCUGGCAGGGCUGCUGCCGCUGCCCGCCGAGACGCUCUACCGGGACAUCACCGAGGCGCAGGCCCUGAGCGCCAUCCGCCAGCACCUGCUGCCCGAGCCCGAACUGCUGCACCUGGGCGGGGAGCUGGCGCGGCUGCUGGAGAGCUGA